CCACCUGCGCCCGCGCGCAAGCAGUCCAUCAAUCUCGACCCGCAGGCUGCCGAACGCCUCGAGCGCCAUCUCAACCACCGGCCCGACAAGCACGAUCUCAUUGAGCGAAACAUCCUCAAGGAUGAUCACGUAGCACCCUCCUUGCAGGCGGCGAAGGAGCGGUUGCAGCGGUCUCAGCUCGAGGACAAGCUGGAGCACGCGCUGCAGCAGCGCCCGAAGGCCGAGGAACUCGUGCAGGAAGGAAUUCUC